UACAUUGUGUGUUACAUUCGUCAUGACUUGCAACAGUUGUAAAAGUACAGAAGAUGAACAAUUAUUCACGUUAGAAGUAUUUGUAAAUGACGUUACUCUUUACAUUGAUAAAUUACCAAAAAAAGAGUUAACUAAUUUAGGAAUAGAUUUGAAAUUCAUUGAUUUUCCUCUAAUUAGAAUAUUUCAAAAUGAAUACGAAUUAACUAAAACAGAAAAGUCAAAAGAAAUUCGUAGUGAUGCCAAAUGCCGUAUUAUUAAUUUUAAUUGUGGACAAACGCAUUUAUUUCCAAGGAUUCCAAGCGAGUUGAUAAAUGCAAUGAGAUCUUCUAAGUUGACUUUAGAUGUUUAUAAAAUAAAAGGUAUAUCUAUAUGUCCAUACCAAAUCCUAAAAGGUCCUUUAGCCGAAGCAGAAAUUCCUUUGUAUGGAUGUUUAUGCAAUCAAGUUACAAUGGCGACGAAUGAUACUAAUUACAUGCCAAAACCAUAUGUUAUUAAAAAUAAAUUUGUUCUUUUAAAUGAAGAACGUAUGAUGUGUGGCAUGAUAUCUCUUUUUUUAAGACUUCAAUGUAUUGGUAAAUAUAGUACUGUAGAAUUUGCAAUUGAUGAAAAAACAUUGUUAUUUAAAAAUCAAAAUUUUCCUGAUGAAUUUCGAUGUGCAAGAGUACCAAUUUAUGAUGAAGUUUUAAUAAGAGCACAAGAAAGAGAAAACAAAAUUUGUUUUCCUGAUGAAAAACUUAAACCAAAUGAAAUAAAUUUACCACCUAAUUCUAAUUUCAUUAUUGAUUUGACUCCAAUUUGUACGAUGUUGGCAGAACGAGAUAAACUUCCUAAAGAUCUUUUCAGCUCGUUAAAAACUCAAUAUAUUGAUAAAUAUAAUCAAAUUAACGAUAAGGAAGAAAAAGACAACCCUUGGCCUUCCGAAACAUUUAUUAUAGAUACUUCUACUUCUAAUAUACAUAUAAGAUCACACUUAGGUAAUAAACCUUGUUAUUCUGUUGGUUGUUCUGGUGGACUUUGCAUUGGAGGAAAAUCAACGUGGGAAAAUGCAUAAUAUCUAUAAAUAGCGCUAAGCACAUACGUGGCGGAUUAUUCAACUAAUUCGAAUCUGAGGUGUAGUUUAAAUUAUACGGAACAAAAACAUAAGAAAAAAUGUCAAACUGUACUAAUGCUUGCAUGUAUC